UUAUUUUAACGAACUUUUCUUUUUCUCUCCCUUUUUCCCCUUUCUCUCCCUACAACGGCCAAAUUGAACCCUAAACCAUCUCAAUCACCCAUCCCAUCUCCGUUUCCAAUUUUCCUCUGCUGUUGAUUUCAAUCCUGAAAGCUUAGCCCCUGCAAUUCUCAAUCCUCAUACUCUGUAGCAUGGCCUGAGAUUUGUGAUAAAGGUUUUACUUUUGGGGCCGUUUUCUUUUUCCCGACGAGCCAUUGUUUAUUUUCCUGCAAAUUGAGGAGGAAGGAGAUUGGGGGACGGGGAGACAGAGAUGGCGCACCCGGAUUUACAGAUGAACCCUCAGAUGGAACAGAUCCAUGGCGAAAUUCGCGACACAAUUCGUGCCCUUGCAAAUGGCUUCCAAAAGCUGGACAAAAUUAAAGACUCGAAUAGACAAAGUAAACAGCUUGAGGAGCUUACAGGGAAGAUGCGAGAGUGUAAAAGAUUGAUUAAAGAAUUUGACCGUGAAAUCAAAGACGAGGAAAGUAGAAAUCCCCCAGAGGUGACCAAACAGCUUAAUGAUGAGAAACAAUCCAUGAUAAAAGAGCUAAAUUCAUACGUAGCUUUGAGAAAGACGUACAUGAGCACUCUUGGGGGUAAAAGAGUUGAACUUUUUGAUAUGGGAACAGGUCCAAGUGAGCCAACAGCUGAUGAGAAUGUUCAAGUGGCAUCAGAAAUGUCGAAUCAAGAGCUUAUCAAUGCUGGAACGAAGACGAUGGAUGAAACUGACCAAGCCAUUGAACGCUCCAAACAGGUUGUUCACCAAACGAUUGAAGUGGGAACACAAACUGCAACUACUUUGAAGGGCCAAACUGAACAAAUGGGCCGCGUGGUAAAUGAACUGGACACUAUCCAGUUUUCCAUAAAAAAAGCAUCUCAGCUCGUAAAGGAGAUUGGUAGACAGGUGGCUACUGAUAAAUGCAUUAUGCUUUUUCUCUUUCUGAUUGUGUGUGGAGUUAUUGCCAUUAUUGUCGUGAAGAUCGUGAAUCCCAACAAUCGAGACAUUCGGGAUAUUCCUGGACUAGCUCCACCAGCUCCUACAACAAGGAGAUUGUUAAAUGGCUUUCAAAAGCUGGACAAAAUCAAAGACUCGAAUAGACAAAGUAAACAGCUUGAAGAUCUUACAGGGAAGAUGCGGGAAUGUAAAAGAUUGAUUAAAGAAUUUGAUCUUGAAAUUAAAGGUGAGGAAAGUAGAAAUCCUCCGGAGGUGACCAAGCAGCUUAAUGAUGAGAAACAAUCAAUGAUAAAAGAGUUGAACUCAUAUGUAGCGUUGAGAAAGACGUACAUGAACAAUCUCGGGGGUAAGAGAGUCGAACUUUUUGACAUGGAAAAUGGUACUUAUGACUCACAAGCUGAUGAGAAUGUUCGACUGGCAUCAGAAAUGUCAAACCAGGAGCUUAUUGAUACUGGAAUGAAGACGAUGGAUGAAACUGACCAAGCCAUCGAACGCUCCAAACAGGUCGUUCACCAAACUAUUGAAGUGGGAACUCAAACUGCAGCUACUUUGAAAGGCCAAAUUGUGAAUCCUGGGAAUGGAGACAUAAGGGAUAUUCCUGGGCUAGCUCCACCAGUUCCAUCAAGGAGGUUGUUGUUUACACACCACCACGGCGUGGAGGCGAAGCCUUCGGUCAUCGCCGAUUUCCCGAGCAGCAGCGUCCUAUUGGCGGUUUUGCACCUGAUGGCGACGAAACCCUAG